CGGCACUCGACUCACAAGCCGAGUCGUGAAUAAUUACUCAUAGUUGACUUGGCGCUGGCGAGUGGCCGUCGAAUUGGGUUGGGGCACGGCGACCGGGGAUCGGGCACUGUGUCGAAGCUGAGCCGCGGCUGCCGGUGGCGCAACUUGACCCUCGUGAGGACCACCUCUUGCCCCGUCCGUCCUAGUUGCGUCCCAGUCUGAGGGACAUGACGCAAUUCCCCGGCAGAAGACUUGCUUUCUACCCAGACCAUCAAACGUCGCGCACCUCCGCACCACGAUCGUAGAGCAUAGGUCCACACGCCAUCCCGAUUAGACAUGAACCUUACCCGAGUGAUUUUCACGACUGCCCAGUUGAUGGUGCUGCUCUUGGGCGGCGUCAUGUGCGGGAUCGACUCGGUGGUGUUCAAGCUGCGGGACGCCAUCGCCGGCUCGAACGAUUACCACAAGAAGCAGAAGUGGGAGUUCGACCCCAACGUGGCCGCUCGGCGGCGCCCCGAGUUCGAGGCGCUCCACGGCCACCACUCCGAGAUCCUCAUCGAGAAGUUCGGGCUCGGCAAGGACGGGCGCAUGGAGCAGCGCCGACAGGAGCAGGCCAUCCGGGACAUCGGCGUCCCCAUCACCAGUUUCACCGGAAUCACCACCGGCUGACCUCACUUCCGCCCCGCUAGAGAGCGCUCGCGCAUCCCUUCGUCCCGCUUCGCGACAACGUCACUCGCUCCGCGUAGCAAUCACACUUCUAGCACCUGCGCCUCCCAGUUGAUUAUUAUAACUUGAUAGACAAUGGGAUGAACCAGGUGGCGACAGAGCGAUCUUAUUGGUGGAGACGGGUGGUUGAAAUGGACAAAGGAGGUAAGUGAUAACCUAACGAAUGGCAACCCACGAGACAUCCUAUAGUUGGAAUACAUUUUGCAAUUCAGAGCUAUACUUUCUGGCACGUCUGCAAAAACGCAUUUGUGCAUAAGGAAACUAAUCGCACAUACGCUGUUUCUAAACUGAGCCAGAAAUUAUAGUUCCGAAUUGCAAAAUGCAGUGCAAAUGUAGCCCAGUUAGUCCAUCAUUUUCAACUGUAGUC